AUGGCGUCCGAUGGAGAAUGGGAGAUGGUUGGAGAGAAGCAGGUGGAGAGCCCCCCAGAGGUCUAUGCUCAGAUCGAGAGCAAUUCCUUGAAGGCUGCCUCAGUACAAGUGAACGGGAAGACCUUGUUGUACCUCUUGCGGCCCAAGAAAGCUUUGCCGAAGACAGCGGCUCGGCUUUGUUCCGCCAACCUCAGCACGAGGUGCAGCACGUGCAUCAAGCGCAUCCGGAGCUUCGCACAGCUCCUGGGCGCUGAGGGGAAGCAUGUCUACCUCAGGGAGGAACUGGACGAUGCGAAUGUGAACGCACUUCGAUCGAUGCGCCGCCAGAUCAAGAGCAGCGAUCCUGCUGACUACCGUCUCGUGCUGGUGGAUGAAAAGUUCUUCAAGGCCAAUCCCAAGGAGGUGGGCCCCUUCUGUCACGUGCACUUCUUGCAAGAAGAGAUCUCCGAUGCCCAGCUCAGCGAGAGGCUCAAGAAGCUGAAGAAUUAUCUCAACGGCAGCUUUGAGAACCGCUUCCAAAGAUUGGUCAACGGCCCCAGUUCCCUGAAGGUCAUCCAGGAUGUCUUGCCGGACCUGGUGCGGCCAGAUCACUGGAGAGGUGUGGUGACCUGGGCGGUGAACCUCUCAGCCCGUGCGGAGGGCCGAGCCUGGCCGGAGAUGGCGGUGCAUCAGAAGUUUGAUCUCAUGGUCUAUGCCAUGCUCACAGGCCGUGCAAGCGAUGCUGUCCACUUGGAAAUGCAGCAGGCCGCCAACCUGGUGGACUUCAUGGACAGCGCCGAGAGCCGUGAGGCCUUGAAGGCCAUGAUGGACGACCGAAGCAAGCCCGAGACCUACCAAGUCUCCCGCGUCGCGGAGCGGCUACGUGAGAACCGUGUGGCCUCCCUUUGUACAGUGACACUCAUGUGGGGCUUGGACGGGGCCCCUCACCAAUCAGACCUGGACAUACACACUGUGGUCAAUGGCACAGAGCUCUACUAUGCCAACAAACAGGUGGGGAAGUGCAAGCUGGACUUUGACGCCAACGCCUCCAGCAUAGAGAAGCAUCCAGCGGAAAACAUCUCCCUGAACCAAGUGGGGACUUUCGAGAUCAUGGUGAACAACUUCAACAAUCGGGACAAGAAGGAUGUCCCGUUCAAGAUGACGGUCAGGAAGUCAGGCCAAGAGGUGGCAGAGCAUGAGGGGACUUGGCCUCGGACGCGCGCCAAGGACAACAAGAUGACGGUGUGUCGGGUCACAGUGCUACCGGAGGACCUUGUGGAGAAGCCAGUGGAGCUAUCAGAGGCAGAGCAGAAGAAGUUGGCAGCCAAGGAGGCGGAAUGGUCCAAGCUCUUCGGAGAGCCACGGGCUUUGUUGGCCUCAGAGGCAGAUGUCGAACUGCGGCUGGUGAGCCAAUCGAAUGGUUAUGCAGCAAAGGGCGCACAGCAGCGCUUCCAGGAACUUCUCCAACCAAAGGCGAAGAGAAGAUGCCUGGCGGAGCGCUGUAAGGCUGAGGAGUUGGACGGCUUCAUCCAGCGCGUGACCUCGAUGGGCGAGGGCGCGGCCGGUCGCCUGGAAGUCGACAUCCGAAACUUUGCUCCUGCAUACAUCACGCGCUUGGAAACCGCCACGGAUGUUCUGAAGAGCAAGAUCGUGGUGAAUGUCUUCCAGCGAAAGUUCGAGCUGCCGCAGGCACCCCGCGGUGAUGAGCCCAGCAGCGCUCGGCUGGAUGCCAGCUGGGGCCUGCAGCCGCGGGCAACUGUGCGAGGCUUUGUGAAGGUCCACGCCCAAUGGUUCAUGGUGCUGGAGAAUGCGUGUCUUCCAGCCCAGCAGGAGUGGCCCUUGGCGGGCGGCAUGUAUCCCACCAAUCUGAAGCCCGAGGUGCACCAGCAUCGGAGCAAGUGGGCGAGCUUCCAUUCCUUGGUGCAGCCAGAGGCUAACAGGCGAAGGGGCGGAUCUCUCAUUGGCUCCAUGUUGCUGGGAUUCCCCAAGUUUUACUUUAUCUUGGACGGCAAGCAGGUCACGGUCAAUGCGAACACCGUCACGCAGUAA